CCCCCAUUCAUUUAGCGAGUGAGUGUAUGUAUCUGAAGCCUGGAUUCCGCCGAGUGUUUGAGUCUGUGCGGGGAGCGCUUAAUGCUUGAGAAGGAUCUACAUCUCCUGCGCAGUUGUUGUCUGAUUAGUUCUUGCCAUGAAGCACGUUGCAUGAUGGUGUUCAAAAGGACACGAAGGGGAAGCAUUCCUAUCGACUGCAGCACGGUUGUGGGACAGCCGCUGCCUUCGGAAUGAAUAUCCCUCACAGCUAAUUAUUGAUGUUGAGAACUCAAAAGAGCAAACCAUGGAUAUAAAAGAGCGUAAACCCUACCGAUCUUUAACUAAAAGCAGACGUGAGAAAGAGCGGCGGUACACCAGUUCUUCAGUGGAAAGCGAAGACAUCAAAAUGCCUCACAAAUCCUACAGCUCCAGUGAAACGCUCAAAGCUUAUGACCAGGACCCAAGGUUGGCCUACAGUAGCCGUGUCAAAGACUUGGUUCAUCAGGAAUCGGAUGAAUAUUGCAGACCAGGAACAAAUUUUUCUCUGCGCGAGUUGGGCCUGACUGAAGCAACAUCUCAUCUCACUGCUGGAUAUCAUGCAGAACUCGGUCUGCCUCACCGUGGAUAUUCCCUGAGCACAGGCUCCGAUGCCGACACAGAGACGGAUGGAGUCAUGUCUCCCGACAAUGCUAUGAGACUCUGGGGGAGAAACGUGAAAUCCUCGCGCAGCUCCUGUUUAUCCAGUCGAGCAAAUUCCGCACUUACUCUCACCGACACUGAGCAUGAGAAUACAGAAAACGGUCCUCCCCUGCCUUGCUCCACUGCUUCAUCAACCCCAGUGGAGCAGUACAACUCCCCUCCCCCUCCUUCUGAAGUCCAUGAGAACCAGCGAAUGUUGCUCAGCAAUAAGAUGACACAGGCAAACCCAGAUUCAGACUCAGAUGAGGAGUUUGUUCCCAACUCUUUCUUGGUUAAAACUGACUCUGGAAGCCUGUAUGUUCCCACAAAUGGUCCCUCGAUCAAUCCUCCUCAGAAUCACUCACUGCUCAGAACACCCCCGCCUCUAACGUCGCACCCCCAUUCUCUAAACCAGCCACAUGCCACUUCAGUGAACUCAUUGAACAGGGGGAACUUCACCACACCCACACGCAGUAAUCCCAGCCCCAGUCCGGCUGAUCUCCCUCCCCCUCCGGAACCACCUCCCUGCAUCCAGGAGCCUGCCCACAUGCAGGACAACUGGCUCCUCAACAGCAACAUCCCCUUGGAGACCAGCUCAUUGGCUUCAUUCAUAUUUCCAUCUGAAUGUAGAAAUGUAGCAAAGCAGACAUUCCUAGAGAGUUUGCAGGACAACCUAAUUGAGAUGGACGUUUUUACCUCUGCUCGACAUGAUGAUGGUUACAGUGAUGGGCACUUCUUAUUUAAGCCUGGAACUGGAUCUUCUCCACUGUUUUGUACAGCGGGUCCUGGUUACCCCCUCACUUCGAGCACCGUGUAUUCUCCUCCACCUCGACCCUUACCCCGCGGCACAUUCUCAAGGUCUGCGUUCAGCCUGAAAAAGCCCUACAAAUACUGCAACUGGAAGUGUGCGGCCUUGAGCGCCAUCAUCAUUUCCGUAACACUCGUGAUUUUACUUGCCUACUUCAUCGCCAUGCACCUGUUUGGCCUAAACUGGCACCUGCAGCCGAUGGAUGGGCAGAUGUACCAGAUCGGUGAGAACAAAGCCAGCAGUUGGCCUGUGCCAACGGACGUCACAUUGUCUCCCUCUGGUGGCACAGGUUUAGACUUGCCUGAAAGGAAAGGCAAAGGAACCAGUGAAGGAAAAACAGACAAUUUAAUCCCAGAAGACAGCUACAUUGAUUCAGGAGAAAUUGAUAUCGGGCGAAGAAUUACUCAAAAUAUACCACCCGGCCUAUUCUGGCGCACGCAAGUGUUCAUAGAUCAUCCAAUGUAUAUGAAAUUCAAUGUGUCAUUGGGAAAGGAUGCUCUGAUUGGAAUUUAUGGUCGUCGUGGUCUCCCUCCAUCCCACACACAGUUUGGAUUUGUGGAAUUAUUGGAUGGCAGGCGAUUGCUAGCACAGGAAAUGAGAAGUCUGGAGGGAUACCAGCAACACCAACAGAGGACUUUGAUCCCUCUGACAAAUCGUGAGACUGGAUUCAUCAGAUAUCUGGAUUCUGGAAUCUGGCAUUUAGCCGUCUACAAUGAUGGGAAACAGAUGGAGCAGGUCUCCUUUAUAACCACUGCCAUAGAGCCUGCAGAUGAAUGCCCGGCAAAUUGUUAUGGGAAUGGAGAGUGUUUUUCAGGAACAUGUCACUGUUUCCUUGGUUACAUUGGACCAGACUGCGCCCGAGCAUCUUGUCCAGUGCUAUGCAGUGGCAAUGGACAGUAUGUGAAAGGACGCUGUUUGUGCCACAGUGGGUGGAAGGGAGCAGAGUGCGACAUUCCCACAAACCAGUGCCUUGACUCCACCUGUGGCAACCAUGGAACCUGCAUCAUGGGGACAUGCAUCUGCAACUCGGGCUAUAAAGGAGAGAAUUGCAAACAAGUGGACUGCUUGGACUCAUCUUGUUCGGGUCGAGGGAUUUGUGUCCAUGGGGAAUGCCACUGUGCCACCGGCUGGGGCGGACCAAAAUGCGAGAGUUCAAGAGUAGCUUGCGAAGACCAGUGUUCAGGACACGGGACGUUCCUGCCUGACUCAAGGACCUGCAGUUGCGACCUUGCCUGGACGGGCCACUAUUGCUCAAUUGAGAUUUGUGCAGUAGACUGUAGCAGCCAUGGGAUCUGCAUUGGAGGCACCUGUCGCUGUGACGAAGGAUGGAUGGGCAGUGCCUGUGAUCAGCGAGCUUGUCACCCACGCUGCAAUGAGCAUGGGACUUGUAAGAAUGGCAAGUGUGAAUGCAGCCCUGGGUGGAAUGGAGAGCACUGCACUAUUGCUCAUUAUCUGGAUAAGGUUGUGAAAGAGGGUUGCCCAGGUUUAUGCAAUGGAAAUGGUCGAUGCACACUGGACCAAAAUGGUUGGCACUGCUUGUGCCAGCUGGGCUGGAGGGGUACGGGAUGUGACACCUCCAUGGAAACUGCUUGUGGAGAUGGAAAAGAUAAUGAUGGAGAUAGCUUAAUAGAUUGCAUGGACCCUGACUGCUGCCUUCAACCUUUAUGUCACAAUAAUCCUCUAUGCCUCGGAUCACGGGAUCCUCUUGCUGUUAUUCAGCAGACUCGCAUUCCAUCUUCACAACAGAAUCUUCGCUCAUUCUACGACAGAGUCAAGUUCCUCAUUGGCAAGGAUAGCACACAUGUGAUCCCUGGUGAAAAUCCUUUUCACAGUGGCCAUUCCUGUGUGAUACGAGGUCAAGUAGAAACAGCAGAUGGCACCCCCUUGGUUGGUGUUAACAUCAGCUUUGUCAACAAACCGCACUAUGGUUUUACGAUCAGCCGGCAGGAUGGCAGCUUUGAUUUGAUGACUAAUGGAGGGGUUUCGGUCGCGAUACAGUUUGAACGCUCUCCGUUCAUCACUCAGGCGCAUACACUCUGGCUGCCUUGGGACCGUUUCUUUGUCAUGGACACUGUCAUCAUGAGGCAUGAAGAGAAUGAGAUCCCCAGCUGUGACCUGAGCAACUUUGCUCGUCCCAACCCAAUUGUCUCACCUGCACCAUUGACGGCAUUUGCAGGGUCAUGCCCGGAGAAAGGUCCCAUCAUUCCUGAAAUACAGGUUUUACGCGAGGAGAUAAAUAUCCCAGGUAGCAAAAUGAAGCUGAACUACAUCAGCAGCUGCACGCCUGGCUAUAAAUCUGUCAUGAGGAUCAGUCUGACCCACCCCUCCAUCCCCUUCAAUCUAAUGAAAGUCCAUCUCCUGGUGGCUGUGGAAGGACGACUCUUCCAGAAAUGGUUUCCUGCAUCCCCUAAUUUGUCUUAUUACUUCAUCUGGGACAAAACUGAUGUCUACAGCCAGAAGGUUUAUGGACUUUCAGAAGCAUUUGUAUCUGUGGGUUAUGAAUAUGAAUCAUGUCCUGACCUGAUACUCUGGGAGAAGCGUACUGCUAUUGUGCAAGGCUAUGAGAUAGCUGCAUCUCACCUGGGUGGAUGGACCAUAGACAAACAUCAUGCUCUCAACGUACAAAGCAGUAUUUUGCACAAGGGAAAUGGGGAAAACAAUUUUAUAUCCCAGCAGCCACCAAUAAUUGGAAGCAUUAUGGGAAAUGGUCGACAACGUAGUAUUUCUUGUCCGAGCUGCAAUGGGCUUGCAACUGGUAACAAACUCCUGGCACCGUUUGCUUUGGCUUGUGGAUCAGAUGGCAGCAUAUACGUUGGUGAUUUUAAUUUCAUUCGCCGGAUAUAUCCUUCAGGCAAUGUUACAAGUAUAUUGGAGUUACGAAAUAAAGAUUAUAGGCACAGUACCAGCCUAGCACAGAGGUAUUACCUCUCAGUGGAUGCAGUGUCAGGGUCACUAUACCUGUCUGAUACAAAUAGAAGACGUGUCUAUAAAAUAAAAUCCCUUGAUGGAGCCAAGGACAUCAUGAAGAAUGCAGUGGUAGUGGCCGGGACAGGAGAUCAAUGCCUUCCUUUUGAUGAAGCACGGUGUGGUGAUGGUGGAAAGGCAACUGAAGCCACUCUGACUAGUCCAAGAGGUAUAACAGUUGACAAAUUUGGUCUGAUCUACUUUGUGGAUGGAACCAUGAUACGCCGAAUUGAUCAGAAUGGAAUCAUCUCCUCCGUGAUCGGUUCUAAUGACCUGACCUCAGCACGACCUCUGAGCUGCGAUUCAGUGAUGGAUAUUUCACAGGUACGUUUGGAAUGGCCCACAGACCUAGCAGUGAACCCUAUGGAUAAUUCCCUUUAUUUGCUGGAUAACAACGUGGUACUUCAGAUUUCAGAAAACCACCAAGUUCGCAUUGUAGCUGGGCGCCCAAUGCACUGCCAAGUGCCUGGAAUCGAUCACUUCCUCCUGAGCAAGGUGGCAGUGCACUCCACGCUGGAGUCAGCCACGGCCAUUUCUAUUUCCCACAAUGGAAUCUUAUACAUAGCGGAAACGGACGAGAAGAAGAUUAACCGUGUCCGGCAAGUCACGACAAAUGGGGAAAUAUCCCUGGUCGCUGGAGCGCCAACCGGCUGCGACUGUAAACACGACGCCAACUGUGAAUGCUACUCAGGAGAUGAUGGAUAUGCAAAGGACGCAAAACUGAACGCUCCCUCGUCGCUGGCAACGUGCCCUGAGGGGGACGUGUACAUCGCAGAUCUCAGGAACGUCCGCAUUAGAUAUGUUCGGAAAAACAGGCCAUUCCUCAAUUCUCUGAAUCUCUACGAGGUUGCUUCGACCAUUGAUCAAGAACUGUAUUUAUUUUCCAUUAAUGGUAGUCACCUAUAUACUCAAAGCCUUAUCACCGGAGACUACAUUUAUAAUAUCACUUACACUGGGAAUGGAGACAUAAGCACGAUCAUGGAUUACAACGGGAACUCUCUAAAUAUACGGCGCGAUGCUACAGGAAUGCCGCUUUGGCUGGUCGUGCCGGAUGGGCAGGUUUACUGGCUGACAAUCGGUGCAAACACUGCCCUAAAGAGCGUCUCCACCCAGGGACAUGAACUGGCUCUAAUGACAUACCAAGGCAGUACUGGUCUAUUGACAACUAAAAGCAAUGAAAAUGGUUGGACCACAUUUUAUGAGUAUGAUAAUUAUGGUCGCCUCAUCAAUGCAACUUUUCCCACUGGACGCAUUGACAGUUUCCAUGGUGACAUUGACAGCGCUGUCCGAGUACAUGUCGAGACUUCGAAUAAGGACGAUGUUACUAUAACCACCAAUCUGUCAACCGCAGGUGCUUUCUACACCCUGGUCCAAGAUCAAGUUCGAAAUGCCUAUCACGUUGCUGCCGAUGGAUCACUGCGGCUUAUGCUAGCUAAUGCUAUGGAAGUUUCACUGCAAACGGAACCGCAUCUCUUGGGAGGCACUGUAAAUCCUACAGUCGGAAAGCGCAAUGUUACAUUGCCCAUUGAAAACGGCUUAAACUUUGUGGAAUGGAGACAACGAAAAGAGGAAGCCAGGGGGCAAGUAACCGUGUUUGGAAGAAGGCUUAGGGUCCAUAGCCGGAAUCUGCUCUCUUUGGAUUUUGACCGCGUGACGCGAACAGAAAAGAUAUAUGAUGAUCAUCGGAAGUUCACUCUCCGAAUUCUAUAUGAUCAGUUGGGCCGACCUACCCUGUGGUCUCCAAGCAGCAGACUCAAUGGUGUGAAUGUGACUUAUUCAUCAGCUGGUCUGGUGGCAGGUAUCCAGAGGGGUACCAUGUCAGAGAGAAUUGACUAUGAUCAAGCAGGCAGGAUUGUAUCCCGAACUUUUGCAGAUGGAAAAUCAUGGACCUACACUUAUCUGGAAAAGUCCUCUGUGCUGCUUCUGCACACUCAGAGACAGUACAUCUUUGAAUUUGACAAAAAUGAUCGUCUAUCUUCUGUAACAAUGCCAAAUGUAGCUCAGCAAAACCUGGAGACCAUUCGUUCUGUGGGUUAUUAUAGAAACAUCUACAAACCACCAGAAGGAAAUGCUUCAGUGAUUCAAGACUUCACAGAAGAUGACCAACUGUUGCAAACUUCAUAUCUUGGAACAGGACGUCGAAUUCUUUACAAAUAUGGCAAGCUGUCCAAGCUCACUGAAAUCCUUUAUGACACCACAAGGAUUGGGUACACUUAUGAUGAAACUGCUGGUAUGCUUAAGACUGUCAACUUGCAAAAUGAAGACUUUACGUGCACUAUACGUUUCAGGCAAAUCGGCCCUCUUAUUGACAGGCAAAUAUUUCGCUUCAAUGAAGAAGGAAUGGUGAACGCUCGCUUUGACUAUAACUACGACAAUAGCUUUCGGGUUACCAGCAUGCAACCUGUCAUCAACGAGAAACCUUUACCAAUUGACCUGUACCGGUACGAUGAUGUCUCGGGGAAAAUUGAACAAUUUGGAAAGUUCGGCAUCAUUUAUUAUGACAUUAAUCAAAUCAUCACCACCGCAGUCAUGACUCACACAAAACAUUUUGAUGCAUAUGGAAGAGUAAAAGAGGUCCAGUAUGAAAUUUUCAGAUCGCUCAUGUAUUGGAUGACGGUGCAAUAUGACAACAUGGGUAGAGUGAUAAAACGAGAACUGAAGGUUGGCCCCUAUGCCAAUACGUCCAGAUAUGCUUAUGAAUAUGACGCAGAUGGGCAAUUGCAGACAGUGACCCUGAACGACAAGCCUUUCUGGCGCUACAGCUAUGAUUUAAAUGGGAAUCUCCAUUUGCUAAGCCCUGGCAAUAGUGCUCGUCUAACUCCAUUGAGGUAUGACCUGAGAGAUCGAAUUACACGGCUGGGAGAUCUACAGUAUAUAGUGGAUGAAGAUGGGUUCUUACGCCAAAGAGGCAAUAUUAUCUUUGAUUACAAUUCCGCUGGUCUUCUCAACAAAGCCUAUAGUAAAAUGAAUGGUUGGAGAGUGCACUACCGAUAUGAUGGAGUUGGAAGAAGAGUUUCGAGUAAAACUAGCUAUGGGAUGUAUUUACAAUUCUUCUACGCAGAUCUGAGCAACCCUACAAGAGUUACACAUAUGUAUAACCAUACAAGUUCUGAAGUCACAUCCCUGUACUAUGACCUUCAAGGCCACCUGUUUGCCAUGGAGAUUAGCAGUGGUGCUGAGUUCUAUGUUGCCUGUGAUAAUACAGGCACCCCACUGGCUGUGUUCACUGCCACUGGUUUAAUGAUCAAGCAAAUCACUUACACUGCAUAUGGGGAAAUUUAUAUGGACACGAAUCCUGCCUUUCAACUCAUUGUCGGCUAUCAUGGUGGCUUGUACGACACCCUCACCAAACUAAUACACUUUGGACGGCGAGACUACGAUGUGCUUUCUGGCAGAUGGACAGCAGCUGAUCACAGUAUCUGGAAUCAUCUCAGCAGCACACUUGUACCUUUUAAUUUGUACAUGUUUAAAAAUAACAACCCGGUCAGCAACAUUCAGGAUAUCAAAUGUUACAUGACAGAUGUGAACAGCUGGCUACUGACAUUCGGAUUCCAGCUGCACAAUGUGAUCCCAGGAUAUCCAAGAAAGGAAACCUCUGCAAUGGAGCCUUCCUAUGAGCUUCUGAACACUCAGGUGAAAACUCAAGAGUGGGACAACAGCAAGUCCAUUUUAGGAGUCCAGUGUGUCGUACAGAAACAGCUCAAAGCCUUUGUUACGCUAGAACAUUUUGGGCAGAUAUAUGGGGGAAGUGGAAUUGGGUGUCAGCCAAAAGCACGGAUGAAGAAAUUUGCAACGGGCGGUUCAAUCCUUGGCAAAGGAGUGAAGUUUGCUGUUCGAGGAGGGAAAGUAAGCACAGAUAUCAUUAGUGUGGCCAACGAAGAUGGAAGGAGAGUGGCUGCAAUCUUAAAUAAUGCCCUUUACCUGGAAAAUAUCCACUUCACCAUUGAUGGUGAGGACACACAUUAUUUCAUUAAACUGGGGUCUGCAGAGAAAGAUCUUGCUAUUUUGGGCCUUACUGGUGGAAGGCGAACCCUGGAGAAUGGAAUCAAUGCUACUGUGUCUCAAAUUAAUACUGUACUGAAUGGAAGGACUAGAAGAUACACCGAUAUUAAACUUCAAUAUGGUCCGUUGUGUUUAAACACACGAUAUGGGACAACCAUGGAUGAAGAGAAGGCCCGUGUCUUGGAGUUGGCCAGGUUGCGGGCUGUGACGGCCGCCUGGACUAGAGAAAGGCAAAGGCUACAAGAUGGAGAGGAGGGGAUUCGCUCAUGGACAGAGGGAGAGAAGCAGCAGCUGCUGAUCACCGGCAGAGUGCAAGGCUAUGAUGGCUAUUUUAUAAAAACUGUUGAGCAAUAUCCUGAAUUGUCAGACAGUGUAAAUAAUAUCCAUUUCAUGAGACAGAGUGAAAUGGGCAAGAGGUAACAGUAAAGAACUAUGCGCCAACCACUUUGCCAAAGACAGCUGCUUAUGUGGCCAUUUUUCAGGCUGUGUUGUUACAAUUAUUUUUGAAAACCGUUGCAUUGUAAUUCUUGCAAUGUGCUGAGUUUUUCCCCCCUUUUUUUGACUUCACACAUUUUGCAUUGAGCAAAAGGUAUUUUGCAGUAGUGUGAUUAAAGUAAAUAUUUGCUAUUUUCUAAUAUUUCAACUGUGACUAUUGGUUUACAGCCAGUACAAACUGAGAACCGAGAGUGCAGGACACAUUACCAGUAAAGAAUGUGCCCUCUCAGUGUCCACUUAAAAAAAUUCAAUGGAUUAUUAUAGACCUCUUUUGUUAAUUCUUUGGGACUUCUCACGAGAUGCAUUUUGAUGCAGCAAAGGACUAAAUCUGCAUUUUAUAUCGACAAAGAAAUUAACAACUUGUGUGAGAACUAUCCUGAGGUUCUGAAGUGAAUUGGAGAAAUAUCUCAACCCUUGUGUUUCUAACACUGUAUUCUGAUUGUGUAAAUAAGCAAGGCUGUAAAUAAACGCGAAUGUAGAUAACUUCUAGAACAACAGAAGUGACUCUGAGUAGACUUCAGUAGAAAAUAAAAUGGUUAUUUUGUGUUUUUAAUUUUUUACUGAUUUCAAUCAGAAGUGAUAUUAUAGGUAAAUUGAGAGAUUGGAAAUGUUUUAGUUUGGAGUUGUGUUUUAAUUGUAUGGGUCCUUUUUUUUGCUUCUGUUUCCUUUCAAUAGUUGUUUUAAGCUUAAUUUAACUUCUCUAAAGUUUGAUUUUUUAUUAAAAGUUAAAGGAUACUCUGUUUCUACUGUUUAUUCAUUUAUUAUUCGUUCAUUAUUUAAUUUUAAUCACAGUUUUGUUGGGUGGUGCCACAUAAAAGAAAAAUCCCACUUGUCGCUGAACCAAUGUAGAUGUAACUUGCAACAAAAGUCAUUCAUUCCUAUCUCGAACUGAACCAUUUAACACUAAUUAUUGGCUGUUAAUUUGUGUUGUUUUCAUUCUUUAGGUUUUCAGUAAAUGUUUAAUGUCCUUUGAAUUGGUCUAAUGUGUGUUUUGGGGUUGGACGAUGUAGGUACAUGUGUAUUUAUAGACAUAUGUGUAUCACAAUAUUAAUAUCUCAUGAUAUUGUUAUUGUGACCCAGUGUUUUGACCUUAGAAGCAUCUUCAUAAUUAUUGCUUUGUUACUGUGCAACUCAAGUAUCACAAUUAUUUACUGUUGAAGAUAUGGUGACAUAUGGGGCAGAUUUUUAUAUUUGUUUAUUUGGAACUUGAAGUAUCAUAAAUGCUGUGAUAUGCUGUUAAAUGGAAAUAUUAUAUGAUUCCCCCAAAUUUAAAAUAUUGACCAACUCCUAUUUUUGUGUUCUUUUAUAUUUUUAUGCAUUUUGUAUAACAUACUGCAAUCAUUUUUAGAUUAUAAGAACACCCAGUCCAGCAAAUUUAAUGUCUCCUAAUAAAAAGUGAAUCAUAUAGUGUGCACAACAAAUAAAAACAGCUGUUAGCAUUCA